UGAAUCGCUAGUUAUUAAAAAUUAAGUUAACUUCUUGCAAAGGAUUUCUUUUAAGGUGCAAACCUAACGGAAGAAGUCCAAGCUGACGGCAAAAGUAUGGAAGAAGAAAUGAGAACGGCAGAGACAGAACAAGGAGAUGUGGCGAGCAAUGAGGAAGAGUCCAGUGUAGAAAUGACCAACAGUCCAACUAAAAAAGGAAGGGGGAGGCCACAAGGUUCAAAGAAGUUAAAGGUUUGUGUUACAGACGUUAACCUAAUGGAGCUGGUUUCAGGCAUUUCCAAUGGUGGGUCUACACAGCCUCCGAGGAAAAGAGGGCGUCCAAAACUUAAGAAAAACGCGGAGCAGCAAGGAGCAGGAGCCGACCACGCUGAUGAUUCUGUGCAGUCCCAAGGCUCCAAGAAACACACCAGUGAUGAAGACAGUCUUUUGACAGACCGUUCUCCUAAGAAAAGAGGCAGACCAAGAAAGUAUCUCAGCAAUAGCACCCCUGAGAAGGCUGAUACUAAAGACUUACUGAACGGUGGCUCUGAUAGACCAAAAGCGAAAAGGGGUCGUCCAAAAGGAUCCACAAAGCGUAAGUCAGAAAGUUUACCAAGUGAAGAAACUGAAGGCGGUUUUGUAACACGUCGGAAACAAAGUUGGUCUCCCAAUAAGAAGCACAGGCUGGAGACAGAGUUGAGCAGUGAGGGGGAGGAGAACGCUGAUGUAAGCCAAAAAGCUAAGAUGAGAAGAGGUCGAGGAAGACCUAAAGGCUCUUUAAACAAGAAACCCCCUGCAUAUAAGGUGCACGGUAAGGUAGGCUGGCCUCGGAGAAGCCUGACUACAAAAGUGAAACGUGGUCGACCAAGAAAACAACCAGCCAAAAGGGGAAGGCCUAGGAAAUACCCUUUGCCGUCACCUGAUGAACUGAAAAAGCCAAAAGUAUGGAAGCCGCUAGGAAGGCCGAGGAAAUACCCACGUGUUGAUCCUCCAGAGGGGUCUCUACCAGCCCCUCGCAGAAGCUGCGGUCGGCCUCGCAAGUCAGAGUCCAAGAAAGGCGCUCACUUGCGCAAGAAUUUGCCUGCCUCUUCAUCCUCACCAUGCAACCCCAAUGUUGGAUCCCCGAGAAAGAGGGGCCGUCCCCCAGGUACUCAAAAAAAAGAUGCUGGAACCCCGCGGAAAAGGGGCCGCCCCAAAGGUUCCUCACCUUGCAACCCCAAUGUUGGAUCCCCGAGAAAGAGGGGCCGUCCCCCAGGUACUCAAAAAAAAGAUGCUGGAACCCCGCGGAAAAGGGGCCGCCCCAAAGGUUCCUCACCAUGCGACCCCAAUGUUGGAUCCCCGAGAAAGAGGGGCCGUCCCCCAGGUACUCAAAAAAAAGAUGCUGAAACCCCGCGGAAAAGGGGCCGCCCCAAAGGUUCAGUCAACAAAAAGGAAGCUCGAAAGGAAACACAGCUCGACGGCCAUUCACAAGAAAAGCGCGAUUCUUCUCCUGUUGGGGUGGAACGUGAAGCAGAGCUGGCAGAAGACGAGGUGGAGCAUGACGACAUAGAGGCUUCCAUGGAGCCCGACACAGAGGCGUCCAUCGGGGACGACACAGAGGCGUCCAUCGGGAACGACACAGAGGCAUCCAUCAGGGACGACACGGAGGCGUCCAUUGUCCACGACACAGAGGCAUCCAUCGUGCACAACACAGAGAUGACCAUCUAGCACGACACAGACGUCCAUCAUGGACAAUACUGAAGAAUCACUCAUCGAUCGUGAUGCUUUGAAGUUAGGAACCAGGCUCAAUGAACCAUCCUGGUCAGACCACAAUGUUGCUUUAGCAGUAGAAUACAAUAUCGUCAAUGAAAACACAUGUUUAACAUCUUGUUGGUCAGGUAGGCUAAAUAUUAGCAGCUCUUUUUUUUUACUCACAAACUUGUCCAUCAUGUUUUAUUGUGCUUGAUUUAUUUUUUAAGUACUUUAUUUCUGUCAUCUGAGUAAGCAGUAGUACUAAUAAUCUUUUACUAGAACUGGCAUGUCUAGUUUAUUAUCAUAGACUGAUUGUUCCAGUUUUCAUUUAGCUUUCAGAUGUAGUGUUUGUCAGUUAAAUUGUAAAUGUAAAAUGGUUGCUGGGAAAUGAGGAAGAGGGGGGGGGGAAGUCCAAGCAGAUGUUGGAAAAGUCAAACUAUAGAGAGCCGAAGUCCUGACAUCAUAUCCGGGCUAGCCUCUGUUCCACUAGCUUCUGUAACUCAAUUCAAUCUCUCAUUCUGCAUUUCUUGCAUUGACUUUUCUGAAAAAAGUAAAUGUGUUCUUGGGGUUGGAUUAUUUUCCACAUUUUAAGACAAACUGGCGUAUGAGUACAGAGUGAUAUCACAUUCUUUAAAAAUGAAACGUUUUUCGCCAACUGAAUUCCAACCUUGACCUGUAUUUAGCAUAUGACAAGAGACUCAAAAACACAUGAUUAGAACUUUGUUUUCUUAAUUUUUGGUGGUAACAAUGUAUCAAAUGACAAUGUGAAAGGGUCACUUGUAGCAACAAACCUACAGAUGGAAAUUGCCAUUUUUAUUGAUUCUGGCAAUAUUAACCCGUGUAUAAACAUGUUUUUUUUUAAAUUAAUUUGCUCUGUCCUCUUCUUAACCCUUUUGUUGUCUUCCCAUCAAUUGUGCAACUUCAAAAUAUAAAAGUUAAACUUUCUUUUCCCAAAGUUUUGGUCAUCUUUUUAGACACUGGUCACCUUCCCCCUAAUGUUUUUGAAUUAUUUUCAACAUUAUUUUAUCAAUUUCUUUCUUCAAACUCUAUUAAAAUAAAACACCCAAAUUCAAUGAAGGUGCUGAACUGAUCUGUUCCUUUUCUUGUGAAGAGUGAGACAGUUUGGAUGACAGAAACACAAAUUUGUGAUGCAGUUUUUGUAUAUUAUAUAUAUAUAUAUAUAUAAAGAAAUUUUGACCUGAGGACAACAGGAGGGAUAAGUAGACUGAAUUGAAUCUGCAACUCCUGACUGCUUUACAGGGCUUUUUAGUGAGUAGCAUCAGAUUUUUUGAAAUGUCCAGCCCCAACUUUACUGUUUUGGAUCGCUUUCAUAGCGUAAUAUUCGGCUGCAGCAGGCGGCUGUUUUCAGCACACCAAAAACAUCUGAAAAAGCCACUGUACAAAGCAGACAACACAGUGAGCAACUAGCUGCUGAACAUGGGGGAGCAUUUAGCGGCUGAAGAUUGAGAUAUUUCUCAAAGGAGUUAGAAGAGACCUCCAAAUGAAAAUGUUUUUGCCUAACUGGAUGUGUAAAAAUGCAACUUUUUGCUAACAGGUUUGCCAUAUCAAGCUAAAAGGUAUGUCAACAUUGUGUACUGAAACAACUUCUUUCGCUGAAGGGGCCAAAACAAUUUUUGCAGGUUUAAGCCAUUAUAGCCUUAUGCCUUAUGAGGAAUUGUUAAAGGCUGCUUAAAACAGACAUUCUGAAUAAAAAACUAUAUUAAUGCCAAAAUUCAAAAUGUGAAUGUGAUUCUGAAUAAAGUUUUGCUGCUUCCAGACCAAAACCUGGAACUUGCAUUUCCACUUUGGCUCUCUAUGGAGAAUGUGAGGGGAGUUUGUGGGCUUUCGAGAUAAAAUACAUCAAAUGAUGUCAUACUUUUCUCAUUGUUAUUUCAUAGUUGUGUUUUUGCCUCAAUUGCUCAAGUCUUGAAUGUACCAUAAGUUAGUUACUUAGUUCAAUAAGUUGUCCCACACGGGUCAGCCUCUCAACUUUUUCUUUAUGCAUUCGACAGGACAAAAAGCUUGGUACCAAACGCCUUCUCGCCAGAAGAUUGAUCAGCUAGAAGAUUUCCUCUUCCAUUUGUACAAAUGACUUUUUCAGUUAAGAAAUAAGUGAAAUAACUAUAGCAAACUAAAUUUGUUUGCUAUAGUUAUUUUACUGUUUUCUCUAAAUGUUAACAUGUAGCUGCGCAGCCUUUGCUUUUUUUUCUAACUUGGGACUGACAUGAGAUUACAUUCACGUGAUUGGAUGAUUUCACAAACUUUAUUUUUUUUUUGUGUAAAAAUUGCGUGCCAUGGGUCAAACAAUUGAAGUCUCUAAAUGCCAGAUUGUGCUUCGGUGUGUCAAGUUAUUCAAAUUUGAUCUGGCUUUGUGAAGUCAAAUCAUUUUAAGUGGACAUAUUUGGAUUUUGUGUGUGUUAAACAAGAACUCAAUCAUUUGUGAGAUUAUGCUCUUGAAAUAAAAUGUGGAUCUUGCUGUUUUA